AUGAUUGAUAUUAAAUGCAAUUGUGGAGCCACUACAGUGAUUCGCACAUCUUAUAGCAAAAGAAACCCUGGGAAACUCUACUAUGCUUUUCAGGGACCAUUAUGCAAGUUCAUAGGAUGGGUGAAUGAUUAUGAUCAGGACUGUGAUUGUAUGGCGUUUAGGAUGAAACUUGAAGAACAAAAUCGCAAAUUGAAGUUUUACCUGGUCCUUCCAUUAGGGCCCACAGUUCCAUAUUUUGCGCAUGUUACGAAUUUCCAUUUUGUGGACACUCCAUCAUCUUCUGUUGCAGAUCUUCUUCUCUUUUUUUUGGUCUACCAAUAG